AUGCAACUGUGGACACGAGAUCGAGAAGAGCACGAUGUGUCUUAUGUCUCGACAGCCGUCAUGACACAGACCAUUGCUGGAGCAAGGGCAAAGCAUGCGUCGCAAGGAACUGGAAAGAGUGAGGGAAGAGCUGCAGACGCUCAAGAACCACCAAAACGAUCAACCAGUGCUCUCGAUUUCACAACCCUGGGGGGAGUGUCACAAACGUGA